AACUUUAGUUCGUGAACUAUAUGGCGGCAGCUCAAGGCAACAGAUCUAUCUCGCUGGUUCUGUUUCCAACUGUUUGAAAGUCUGCUUCUUUGGUGUUUUUUUUUCUGAGGCUCUAGGGUUGUUAAAUUAGAUUCCUUUUGGGCUUUUUGGGGGAAAGGAAUGGGUAAGAGGCAAAUCUCACAGGAUGAAGUAGGUCCACCGAUAAAUCCAAGAGCUGGAUUACGAAGAGAACAAGCUGGAAGAGGUUCAUACAGGGGUAGUUAGUCACUUUGUAGCUUACCGAAGGUCAAAAAGGUUUCUUUUAUUUAUUUAUUUUUGUGUCUGGUUAGGGAGAGAAGAAAGUGUACACUAAAGUUUGUUAUUUUUAGAACCAAGGGAAAGGGUUUGUGUUUCUCACCUCCGUCUCUCUUGAGUCGGACAUUA